AACGUUCAGAUCCAGAUAUAGUCGGAAGGAGUAACCAUGGCCGACUCAGCCGGCGGCGAUGCGGCUCCGAGCCAGGGGUGGAGUGCGAACUCCGGUCUGCCUCGAGUUUCAUCACCCCAGCCGCAGCUCCUUCAUCAAGCCGAAGUACCGGUGGGCGUCGUGGCAGUGGACGAAUCCACCUCAACCUCGGGACAGAUGGGUUUCCGCCAUUAAUGGCGGUUUGGAGCUCAUAAAGGUGUGUAUUUCGGAGUUCCAACCACCGUACUCCGUAUACUAUUGCUCUGCUGCGACCACGAUCCCCUCUGACCGCCCGUGCUCUGCUGCAACCACCAUACCGCCGGCAGAAGGUGGUCGGCGUAUGAGCUACGUCCGAGUUGAUAGAGGGAGCUCCACCUGCCUUCUUAGAGAUACACUGUAUAUAAUGAAUAUGGCCCUCAGAAGACCACGUCUGCGUGUUUGGAGCCAAGCAAUGGGGGGCCACCUUCUUUGGGGAGUUUUGACCAAGUCACAAUAUGUUGGAAGCUCAAUUUGAUCAAGUCAGACCUUUUCAUCUAACCGAAACUUAUCUCCAAGAGCUAAGUAUCACAUAUGCUCCCUCAUUCACAUGUUAAUUAAGUUUCAAUAAUGUUAUUGCUAUUAAUUAUUAUCACAUUAUUUAAUAGGGAUAAAAGUAUCCCGAACUUAAAUAAUGUCGAGCAUGGCUCAAGUGAGUAACGCUCUUGUGGUAAUAAUUACUUUUCACCGUCAUUUUAAUUAAUGAUUGGUUGUUAUGGGCCCGUCGGCCCGCUCCUGAUCGGCUUUAAUUAGCGAGCGGAGUAUACUUGAAUGGCCUUUGAUAGGGAAAUAUCAUUGUUAUUACCUGUUACAUCAUUAUUAUUUAUUAGGGAUAAAAUGUCCCGAAUUAAAUAAUGUGGAGCGAAGCUCUGGUGAUGGUUGGUUCAGCCAACAUUUUAUUGAAUAUUUAAUUUCUUAUGGGCCUGUUGGCCCACUCUCGAUCAGCUUGAUUAAGCGGUCCGAGCGUCUCCAGAAGGGCGAUGUCCCGAUGACGCGUUUUAAUUUGAGGGUUGCACGUUAGUCCGCACGGCACCAAGUGCUCGAGCGACGAUCGUACCCUAGUACAAUCUACGCCAUUAGGCGCAAAGUGACUAUUGCCGAACGUGGCCUAUGGGGCCCGAGGGCACCAAAGCACUCAACCUCGUUUUUCUGAGGUCAGUGCGACCAACUUGGGUCUGAAUUUGAAAACUCACGGACCGAUGAAUAUCUCUAUGUGACGUUCGGCGGGCUGCCAGUUGGCCCCGCCGCGAGCUGCUACAUCCAUUAGUCCCGCACGAUGAGCCGGGCCAAGGGUCACGAUGACCCAUGUGGAUGUUGAUGAGGAAGCCAUGCAGAUGGUUAUGUGUGCAUAUUUAUUGUCGGGCCAUACGGCCCGUUACCAUGCUCAUUGCGCAGCUGAAGCCGCUCGACGCGCUCGAGCGGAAUGAUUAAAAGACGCUCGGCCCGAGUCUUGAAGACGCUCAGGGCCAGCUAAAGAGGAGACCAUCACGGCUGAGGACCGUGAGACGAGCAUCUCCACCUAGAGGCUGAGGGCCUAGAGGAGACCACCACGGUUGAGAACCGUGGGACGAGCAUCUCCACCCCAGAGACCGAUGGCCUAGGAAGAACACCUAGAGGCCGAGGGUCUAGAGGGAACUUCCACGGAGAAUCGUGAGACGAUCAUCCAUCAUUCAGAGGCCGAGGGCCUAGAGGAGACCAUCACGGCCGAGGGCCGUGAUACCAUCCUGAUUUGCAGGCCGGCCCCUCAUUGCCGACACUGCCACAUCAUGUUCGGCCUCUCGUCGCCGACAUCAUCAUACCACGACCGGCCUCUCGGCUCGGCGUGCUUAUCUCUUGAAGACCGGCCUCGUCCCCGCCCUCGCGGACGAGGGCCGUUGCUUGAUUCUUUCAGAUCGGCCUCUCGGACCGGCGUGAUUAUCAUUUUCGAAGACCGGCCUCGUCCCCGCCACCUCGCGGACGAGGGCCGUUGCUUGACCAUGUCUUGAUCGGCAUCUCAUGGCCGACAUUAUCAUACCACGACCGGCCCCUCGGCUCGGCGUGUUCAUCCUUUGAAGACCGGCCUCGCCCCCGCACUGCGCGGAUGAGGACCGUUGCUUGGAUUUCAGGUUGGCCUAUCAUUGCCGACAUCAUUAUAUCACGACCGGCCUCUCGGCACGGCGUGUUUAUCUUUUGAAGACCGGCCCCGUCCCCACACCUCGCGGACGAGGACCGUUGCUCGAUUCUUUCAGAUCGGCCGCUCAUUGCCGACACCAUUAUACCACGACCGGCCUCUCGGCUCGGCGUGCUUAUCUUUUGAAGACCGGCCCCAUCCCCGCCACCUCGCGGAUGAGGACCGUUGUUUGAUUCUUUCAGGUCGGCCUCUCACUGCCGACACUAUCAUGUUAUGUCCGGCCUCUCGGCACGACACAUUUAUCUUUUGAAGACCGGUUUCAUCCCCGCACUGCGUGGAUAAGAGCCGUUGCUCGGAUAUAUCGGCCUGACCUGGACACUAUUGCCGUCUCCAUUAUCAGGACCGACUGCUCAGCGACAUUAUGAUCAUUGUAUAUCGGCUCCCAAUGCCGACCUUCUUGAGUUAGCGAUCGGGCUCACCCCUCCCUUCAGGAGGAUGACCAUCGCCUUCGCAUGACGACUAGCGUCUCCAUCGCCUCGUCAUUAUAUUCGUUCGCUAUGCCACCACUAUUAUGUGUGACAUCCCGUGAUCCCUGCGAGUUUCUUGGAUACCGCAUGUCUUCUUCGAUGUAGGAAGAUCGGUAGGACCACAGACCAGGGACGGACUAAGAAGAGCUAGGGAAUCUCGAUGCAGAUAAACCUGUCCCUCCUUGUGAUGUCUGCGGAUACCGAACGUCUCCUCGAAGUAGGGACGCCGGUAGGACCGAGGACCAAGGACGAACGAAGCACCAGGGAAUCUCGAUGCAGAUAAACCUGUUCCUCCUUGUGAUGUCUGCGGAUACCGAACGUCUCCUCGAAGUAGGGACGCCGGUAGGACCAAGGACCAAGGACGAACGAAGCACCAGGGAAUCUCGAUGCAGAUAAACCUGUUCCUCCUUGUGAUGUCUGCGGAUACCGAACGUCUCCUCGAAGUAGGGACGCCGGUAGGACCAAGGACGAACGAAGCACCAGGGAAUCUCGAUGCAGAUAAACCUGUUCCUCCUUGUGAUGUCUGCGGAUACCGAACGUCUCCUCGAAGUAGGGACGCCGGUAGGACCAAGGACCAAGGACGAACGAAGACCAUAGAUUACCUCCCUCAAAAAAAAAAAAAAAAAAAAAAAAAAAAAAAGGGAGAAGAGGAGGGUAGCUCCUAUACGGAAGGGAAUCUUGCCCGGGUGUGCCAGAUCUUCCCCCACCGCCGAAGACGAACGCCUCUCGAUGUAGAGGUUAGUAGAGACGUGGAGGGGGCUAGACGAACCAAGGGAGCCUGCCAAGAUAAACCUGUUUAUCCCACAAAUGACCAUGGAUCGAUGGACGUGGGAUAACAAAGACGGGAACCCGUGAGGGUAAACCAGUUCGUCCAUGCGAGUUCCUUGGGUACCGAACGUCUUCUUCGAUGCAAGAGACGCCGGUAAGACUAAAAGGACCAGGGACGAACGAAAAAGGGAGGGAAUCUCGAUGUAGAUAUACCUGUUCCUCAUUGCGAUGUCCGCGGAUACCGAACGUAUCUUCGAUGUAAGAACGCCGGUAGGACCAAGGACCAAUGACGAACGAAGACCAGAAGACUCCAAAAAAAAAAAAAAAAAAAAAAAAAAAAAAGAUGCCAGAAGAGCACGGAGCAAAGAAUGAUUUUAUCCCUUGGCACUAUUGGCUGUGAAGUACAAACUGAAAAACAUAUGUAAAGAAUAAUUACAAGACUUAAGUACGAAGAAUGAAGUGGCCGACGACGAUCGGCUAACAUCAGGGUUUCUUUUGCCUCGAAUGACGAUUAGCUCCCCAGAUCAGGUAGAAGGGACAUCGCCCAGAUUUAUUUCAGGCUCACCAUUCCUUCCCGGAUGGAGUCCUGGCAGACGAUCGGCUUCUCACAGUCAAUCAGGAGAGAGACUUGACACAUCACCAGCACGGCCGAGGGCCGUGGGACGAUUACCACUCACCGACAGGCCGAGGGCCAUGAGAUGAUCAUCACUAUUUUUCUGUAUCACGGUUCGGCUCGCCCAUUCCCUCCAGGAUGGCGACGACCGUCUUAUGUAGCACGAUCGGCUUCUCAGCGCCAUCGUGUCUCUUUCACGUUCGGAUCGCCCCAUUCCCUCCAGGAUGGCGACGAACGUCUUAUGCAGUGCGAUCGGCCCCUCAGCGCCAUCGUACCUGGCUUCACGGUUCGGCUCGCCCAUUCCCUCCAGGAUGGCGACGACCGUCUUAUGUAGCACGAUCGGCUUCUCAGCGCCAUCGUGUCUCUUUCACGUUCGGAUCGCCCCAUUCCCUCCAGGAUGGCGACGAACGUCUUAUGCAGUACGAUCGGCCCCUCAGCGCCAUCGUACCCAGCUCACGUUCAGCUCGUCCAUCCCUUCCAGGGUGGCGACGAACGUCUUAUGCAUCACGAUCGGCCCCUCAGCGCCAUCGUGUCCAGACUCACGGUUCGGAUCGCGCAUCCCCUCCAGGAUGGCGACGAACGUCUUAUGCGGUACGAUCGGCCCCUCAGCGCCAUCGUACCUGGCGUCACGGUUCGGCUCGCCCAUUCCCUCCAGGAUGGCGACGACCGUCUUAUGCAGCACGAUCGGCUUCUCAGCGCCAUCGUGUCUCUUUCACGUUCGGAUCGCGCAUCUCUUCCAGGAUGGCGACGAACGUCUUAUGCGGUACGAUCGGCCCCUUAGCGCCAUCGUACCUGGCUUCACGGUUCGGCCCGCCCAUUCCCUCCAGGAUGGCGACGACCGUCUUAUGCAGCACGAUCGGCUUCUCAGCGCCAUCGUGUCUCUUUCACGUUCGGAUCGCCCCAUUCCCUCCAGGAUGGCGACGAACGUCUUAUGCAGUGCGAUCGGCCCCUCAGCGCCAUCGUACCUGGCGUCACGGUUCGGCUCGCCCAUUCCCUCCAGGAUGGCGACGACCGUCUUAUGCAGCACGAUCGGCUUCUCAGCGCCAUCGUGUCUCUUUCACGUUCGGAUCGCGCAUCUCUUCCAGGAUGGCGACGAACGUCUUAUGCGGUACGAUCGGCCCCUCAGCGCCAUCGUACCUGGCUUCACGGUUCGGCUCGCCCAUUCCAUCCAGGAUGGCGACGACCGUCUUAUGCAGCACGAUCGGCUUCUCAGCGCCAUCGUGUCUCUUUCACGUUCGGAUCGCGCAUCUCUUCCAGGAUGGCGACGAACGUCUUAGGCGGUACGAUCGGCCCCUUAGCGCCAUCGUACCUGGCUUCACGGUUCGGCUCGCCCAUUCCCUCCAGGAUGGCGACGACCGUCUUAUGCAGUGCGAUCGGCCCCUCAGCGCCAUCGUACCUGGCUUCACGGUUCGGCUCGCCCAUUCCCUUUCAGGAUGGCGACGAACGUCUCUUAUGCAGCACGAUCAGCGCCCCAGCGCCAUCGCGUCUGGCUCACGUUAGGGUCGCCCAUCCCUUUCAGGAUGGCGACGAACGUCUCUUUAUGCAGCACGAUCAGCGCCCCAGCGCCAUCGCGUCUGGCUCACGUUAGGGUCGCCCAUCCCUUUCAGGAUGGCGACGAACGUCUCUUUAUGCAGCACGAUCAGCGCCCCAGCGCCAUCGUGUCUGGUUCACGUUAGGGUCGCCCAUCCCUUUCAGGAUGGCGACGAACGUCUUUAUGCAGCACGAUCAGCGCCCCAGCGCCAUCGUGUCUGGUUCACGUUAGGGUCGCCCAUCCCUUUCAGGAUGGCGACGAACGUCUCUUAUGCAGCACGAUCAGCGCCCCAGCGCCAUCGUGUCUGGUUCACGUUAGGGUCGCCCAUCCCUUCCAGGAUGGCGACGAACGUCUCUUAUGCAACACGAUCAGCGCCCCAGCGCCAUCGUGUCUGGCUCACGUUAGGGUCGCCCAUCCCUUUCAGGAUGGCGACGAACGUCUCUUAUGCAGCACGUCUGCCCCUCGGCGCUGACAUGCCCGGGUUAUCGUUGAGAGCUACCGCUCCUAUCACAUCUUGCAUUCCCUCUCUCAUACAUUGCACCCAUACAUUACAUGCAUUCAUGCAUCAUACCUCAUACAUUCAUACAUACACACGUGCAUCAUGUUUUGACAGUACCGCGACGUCGGUUUAUAGAUGCAUGGACCUCUAAGCUUCUCCGAUUGGAAAGCUCGAGUCAGAGUCCUUUACUCCCGCCUGAUGCAUUCAGGGGCAGUGUGCCCGUGGAGGAGCACCCUUCGCCCGACCCUGUCGGGAAGGGGGGUGCCUCACUGGUAGAUUACGUUCAGGAGUGAUGACACUCACUCAUAUAUGAUGAUUAUGUGAAGACACAGUUUCCAGCAAGACAGAGGAAGAGCGCAGGCAAAGUAUAUUUUCUCGAGCAGAUUCGCGAGCUCACUACUCAAGAAACUGGGGGACUUGUGUUGGGAUAUAUUAUCCCGGCCUAUUACUGUUCAUGAGUCCAAGGCUUUACGUAGUACGGGGCCCGAGCAGCUAGGCCCAUUACGGCCCAUCCGGCCCACUUUAGCCAUUUGGGCCCACUCUGGCCCGUUUGGCCCAUUAGGGUGGAGAGCCCCUUCUCCCCUUCCCCUAUUUAUAGGAGGCUUCCCUCCAUGUUUUGGGGAUCCUCUUUUAGAUUCAUCUUCCUCCUUCUCUUAAACUUAGCUCAAUACUCCAUUAAUGGGAGCUUGUACAAUGUAAUUGUGAGGAGAGUCCUAAUGAGAAAGAGAGGGCUUGGACAUUAGCCUAAAAAGUCCCGUGGUUUUCUCCCUUUCGGGUUUCCACGUAAAAACUGAGUUGUUCAUACACAUUUAUACAUACAUUUACUAUAUUGUGUUGGAUUAAACUCAACA